CUCCACUUGCAUGCGACAGCUUUGCAAUCACCCCAGCAGCAAGCAGUCCAGCUUACCAACAUGGCGCUACCACUCCCUGACGUCAAGUCCGUCACGGACUGUGCUUCUUUCGGUCACACCGUCCUACCUUUCCUGUCGCAACUCGCCGCGCUUCCCGAGCGACUGCAGAUUGCGGCCGAGGCCAAGGAUGUCGACAUCCUGAAGGACAUCUACCUCUCCACCAACCCUCUCGUCACGGCCCUGGCCACCAGUCUCUUCCUCUCCAUUCUCUUCCUCCUCUUCUCCGAGAUCAACCGGAACUACUCCCAGGUUGACCGGUUCUGGAGCAUCCUGCCCGCCGUCUACAAUGUGCACUUCGCCGUCUGGGCGCGCCUGUCGGGUCUCCGGACCCAGAGCCUGGAUACCAUCGCGGUCAUCACCUUGAUGUGGAGUGCCCGCCUAACCUUCAACUACUGGCGUCGAGGCGGCUACUCCAUCGGCUCCGAGGACUACCGGUGGCAGAUCGUGCGCUCGAAGGUGAACAACCGGUUCGUGUUCUUCAUCUUCAACAUCGUCUUCAUCAGCCUGGCGCAGUCCCUGCUGCUCCUCGCCAUCACGACCCCGACCUACAACUUCCUCCUUCUCUCCCGUCUGGACCAGAAGGCCUUCGAGGUCCCCGACCUCGCCUUCUCCCGCGUCGCCUUCUUCUUCAUCAUCAUUGAAUACUUCGCCGACCAGCAGCAGUGGAACUUCCAGUCCGCCAAGGAGGAGUACCAGAAGAAUGCCCGCAUUCCCGACCAGUACAAGGCCAACUACACCCCGGAGGACUUGGAGCGCGGAUUCGUCGUCAGCGGCCUGUGGUCUCUGUCCCGCCACCCUAACUUCGUCUGCGAGCAGGCCAUCUGGCUUACCCUGUACCUCUGGAACGCCUACCGCACCGAGUCCUACAUCCAGUGGACUGGUAUCGGCCUCCUGGGCUACCUCCUCAUCUUCCAGGGUAGCACUCGUCUCACCGAGUCCAUCAGCGCCAGCAAGUAUCCCGAAUACCGCGAGUACCAGGCCCGUGUCGGACGCUUCAUCCCUCGUCUGUCCGUCAAGCCCAAGUACAAGAGCAGUGGCAAAAAGAAGUCCCGUCAACCUGCCACCGAGCAGACCGAGGAGACAGACAAGAAGAGCCAGUGAGCAUAUGGCUGGCUACCUACCCAGUCAUCUUCCUCAUCUUCAUAUAUUAGCCCGCGUCGUUGAUUCGUAGCGGGCUUUCUUGAAUCUACUCAAUACUUGUCUGAUCUUUUCCCCUUCUUUCUCUUUUCUCUUGGAUUUACAACUUCUUGGAGUACAUAUUUGGCAUUGAAGAUUUCUUGAAAACAUACCUUAUAUUAUUAUUCCCUUCUUCUUCACACCUUCUCAUCUUCGCUCCCUACCUUCAUCUUUUAUCAACGAAAAUUUCUUUUCUUCCGAUUCUGGUUGAAACGGGCGUAUACUAGGACUAGGUUGAUUAGGCCGGUGGGGUUUUGGUGUUUGUUGUUUGUUGUCUGUUGGUGGGUAGCCUGUGUUCCUGUUCUGUUCUGUUCUGUCCUGUCCUGUCCUGUUGUGUUCUGCUAUUUACCAGCCAGAGCUAAGUAGGUAGCCGCUUCAUGCAGUACAUCAUGAAGAAUCUUAC